AUGGGCAUCGUGGGCGUCUCCCUCAUCCUCGCCUCGGUAGUCUACAUCAUUGUCCGCCUGCCCGCUUGGCUGUCCCCCAUGCUCUCCCGCUGGCUCGGCCUCCGGGCACCCGUUGCCGCUCCGGGUCCGACGAAGCGGCGCGACGACGAUGCCGACACGGCGCUCAGGAUACCAGGCCCAGGCUGCUUACCCGAUGAUGGCCCGUCUGCGCUGCCGUCGUCUUCCGGUAGGCCGGAAGAGUCGUCCUCAUCUGACCGGCUUCGCGACGACAGAGCAGCCAUGCCUCCUCCACCCAUCAUCCAACCACCGACCAUCGACGUGCCCGACAGCCCCGAAACAACCCCCAAGGCCUCAGCAUCUCAGCCGGACCCCGACCCUAUCCCGACCUUCUCCCUCUCCGACGAGUCAUCGGCGCCUCGCCCCUCAAAGCCAAGCGCAACCGCCGCCUCCGUGAUGCCUCCCCCCUUACCCGUCCGCGUCCCGACCCUCGCGCAAUUCCCAGCCGCGAACUCCCCACAACGCGCCGCCCGCGGCCCCAUCCCCAACCGUGGCUCCUCGCCCCUAGCCCCCUCCGGCGGCCUCGCCCCUCCGCCAACGCACUCGUCCAAGCCGCAGAAGCCGCACCGCAAGGUCACCCUCGCCCCGGGCCACUCGCCCCUCGACUGGGCGCGCAUCUCGGGGGGCAGCGCCGACCUGCGCGGCGUGGGUCGCGAAAUGCCCUACCUGCGCGUGCCGCCGUCGAUGCUGAAAAGGCAGACGGGCCGCAAGGGCAAGGAUGCGUGGAUGGCCAUCAAUGGCAAGGUCUACAACAUCACCCCCUACGCACAGUUUCAUCCUGGCGGUGUUCCAGAGUUGAUGCGCGGUGCCGGCCGCGAUGGCACCAAGCUGUUUGGCGAAGUGCAUCCUUGGGUCAACUACGAGACUAUGCUGGCGGCUUGCUUGAUCGGCUUGCUGGUGGACGAGCCGGUAGGCGACUCGGCGGCGGAGAGCGAAAUGGACAAGAUGGAUUAG